UCAAUGAACACUGUCAUCCAAACCGAGAGAGUACAUCGAGCAGUGAGAAGGCUAGACGAAAACUCAUAUUUGCCAGCAUACUAUGUCUUCUGUUCAUGGUCGGAGAGGGAAUCGGAGGCUAUUUGUCGAGCAGUUUGGCCAUCGCGACGGACGCAUCACAUCUGCUCACGGACUUCGCCAGCUUCAUGAUAUCGCUGUGCGCCAUAUGGGUGGCAUCGAGGCCGGCCACGCAGUCGAUGCCGUUCGGAUGGUACAGGGCCGAAGUGUUGGGCGCCCUCACGUCUGUUCUCCUCAUCUGGGUGGUCACCGGCGUGCUGUUGUACUUGGCCGUCGAGCGCCUCACAGACAUGACCUACACGAUCGACGCCGACAUUAUGCUCAUCACGUCCGCCGUCGGACUGUGCGUCAACUUGGUGUGA